GGCAUUCCCAUGCUGAAGAGACAAAGAGGGGGGACACGGGCGGAGGUGGGUGGGGGAGUAAAGCGCCGAAGAGUGAGGUGAGGCAGAGCUCAUUCAGUGGGAACGUUGAGCGGCGCAGCUCCUCGGAUUGUACUCACAGAAAAUCCCUCCGUUUGGUCUGAGAAGAAGCGCCUCCUGUCCUGGACCGCUGUGCGCUCUGCGGCUCGCUGUGGCUCACCACCUCUGACGCGGAUACGAAAAGACCCUGCGAGGGGACAAGACCAAAAACUUCUUUCAUCGUGGUUUUCAACAAAGUGCCAACAGUAUGCCUAAACAAGUUGAGGUGAGGAUGCACGAGAGUCACCUGGAGCCCAUCGAGGCCAGGCCUCAGUCCAAAUGCGCCCAAGUCUGCUCCAAAAUGUUCAAGAACCUUCUGCUCACACUCACCGUCCUCGGUGUGAUCUUGGGAGCUGUAUCAGGGAUGUUGCUUCGUGUUGCCUCCCCGAUCCACCCAGAUAUUGUCAUGGUGAUUGCUUUUCCCGGAGACAUCCUGAUGAGGAUGCUGAAGAUGUUGAUCCUGCCUCUUAUCAUCUCCAGUUUAAUCACAGGUCUGGCUGGUUUGGAUGCCAAAUCUAGCGGUCGCCUGGGCACCAGAGCUAUGGUCUACUACAUGUCCACCACUGUUAUUGCUGCUGUCCUGGGAGUCAUCCUUGUAUUAGUCAUCCACCCUGGCAACCCCAAACUGAAGGAGAAUCUGGGCGAGGGCGAGAAAAACGAUGACGUGUCCAGCUUGGAUGCCUUCUUUGAUCUGAUCAGGAACCUGUUCCCAGAGAACCUGGUGCAGGCUUGUUUCCAACAGAUCCAGACUGUCACAAAGAAGGUAGAGGUGGUUAUUGAGGAGGAGGUCAAUGCCACUGCCGUGGAGGGCCUGGUGGCUAACAUUACCAAGGAGCCUCAGUUCAUCAUCAAAAAGUCCCUGCAGUUUAAAAGUGGCAUGAAUGUGCUGGGUCUGAUUGGUUUCUUUAUUGCAUUUGGCAUCUGCAUGGGCAAGAUGGGAGAGAAGGCCAAACUCAUGAUUGAAUUCUUCAACAUCCUCAAUGAGAUUGUGAUGAAACUUGUCAUCUUGAUCAUGUGGUACUCUCCCUUUGGUAUUGCCUGUCUUAUCUGUGGUAAGAUCAUCUCCAUCAAGGACCUGGAGGUGGUGGGGAGGCAGCUGGGCAUGUACAUGGUGACUGUAAUUAUUGGCCUCAUCAUCCACGGAGCCAUCUUCCUGCCAAGCAUCUACUUUGUUAUUGUCAGGAAGAACCCCUUCACCUUCUUCCUGGGCAUCUUCCAGGCCUGGAUCACCGCCCUGGGGACAGCCUCCAGUGCUGGUACACUGCCUGUCACCUUCCGUUGUCUGGAGGAGAACUUGGGUAUUGACAAAAGAGUCACUCGUUUUGUGCUCCCGGUCGGUGCCACCAUCAACAUGGAUGGAACUGCUCUGUAUGAGGCGGUUGCAGCCAUCUUCAUUGCCCAGAUGAACGGCAUCUACCUUGACCCUGGUCAGAUUGUCACUGUCAGUUUGACAGCCACCCUGGCCAGUGUUGGAGCAGCCAGUAUUCCCAGUGCUGGCCUGGUGACUAUGCUUUUGAUCCUGACUGCUGUGGGCCUGCCAACCCAAGACAUCAGUCUGCUGGUUGCUGUUGACUGGCUGCUGGAUCGAUUCAGGACCUCAGUGAAUGUGGUGGGUGACUCCUAUGGUGCGGGCAUCGUGUACCACAUGUCCAAGGCUGAGCUCGAGGAGCUGGACGCGCACAUGGCCAAAUCCGACGACAUUGAAAUGAUGACGAAGACCCAGUCUUAUUACGACGACAUGAAGAACCACCACGAAAACAAUUCCAACCAGUGCGUCUUAACCGCUACCGCUGCCACAACCGCUACUGCCACUGCUAACAAUUCUGUCGUAGUAGAUGAAUGCAAGGUAACCUCAGCCACUAACGGCUCUGCUGCGGAGUGCACGCUUGUCGAGGAGGGACCAUGGAAACAUGAAUAAUGGCAGCACAGAGAUCCCCCUGCUCCUGGGCUCCACAAGCUUUCCUAUCUGGUGAUAAAAAAAACAGAGUGAAUGAAAAAAAAAGAGUCACACGAACAGAACUACUAAUUGUUUUUUAUGUAGUUUAGUUUUCUCUUUUCUUUUCUUUUUUUUUUUUAAUUAGUCCCUUUAAAAGUUUUUGCAACUGUCUAUCUGACUGAUAUAUAAUACUAAUUCACUUAACCGUGAAAUGAUAACAGAGGUAUACUUUACCUGUUAUAGCACAAUUAUGUCCGUAUAGCAGAUACUUGCACAACAUACUUCAAGGCUCGGGGAGGGAAGGAAGAGAAAAAAAAAAGUUAGAUAAGUAUUCCUAGCAAUACACCUCGGCUCUACGUUGAUAAGAUGAGAGAAGAAGUGGCUGUGUUACACGAGAUGUACUGAGAGCAUCCAAGUUUCAUACAGGUGAUUCAUUAUUCUAAUGCCCGAGGAUGAGUGGAAGAUAGAGCAUUAAUCAUGACAACCAGUGUAAUGUUUGUACUGAACUUCGUUGCUUUACUGUCGGUAUCAUCAACAUGUGUGCAUAGGGCUUUUUUCAUACCAGCUCAGUCUCUCAUCUAAGAACAUCACCUUUGAUUCUCAAACUGUCAGAGACUUUAAAGUGCGUCUGAUUGCAUUUGCCCAACAUUACCCACUAUCCCUGAGGUCCGGCAAACUAAUGAAAGGGUAGGGAGGCGGCGAGAGCGGUAAUGAACGGGAAAACCACACUGAGCCUCACAAACCUGCAAGCACACUCACAGUGGAAUUACAAAGCACAAAUCAUACCAUGGAUGCCAUUUUAUUUUUAUCCUACUUUAAUUAACUUUUUUUUUAUGUCGACUGUAAAGGAAAGGGACGUUUUUCUUUCUUUGUGUCACCUGUUGAGUGAGAUAUUAAACUUGUUUGUGUGUGUGUCUGUGUGUGUGGUAGAGAGAGCGCGAGAUAGCUGGAGUUAAGAACAUGACCAAGUCAAUUAUAGGGACCAAACAGGCAGAAAAUCAAUCAGUUCGCAGAGGCCUUUGAACUGCCUCCAUGAUGUCACUCAGAGCACAUUUUUCAGUUUCCUUGUGUCGAUGUUCAUUUUAAUAACCGGCUCGCACAGCAGUUGGUAUCGCCACAUUUUCUAAAGACGCCUCAAAGUAUUGAAAAUCACUGCCCUAAAUAUGGAACUUUCCUGUCUCCCCCCCAAAAAGUGAUGCCAAUGAAAUGAAUGCGCCAAAAUUAUUAUUGUAAAAGCAAACAAUAAUAAAUAAUUGACAUAUCUGAAUAAUUUGCAGCACAAAAAAAAUGAUUAUGUAGAGCACAAACAGAAUGAUAAAGCACAAAUAAAACCAGUGAGGAUGAUUUUAAGUCAGCGGCAUAAUCAUAGUCAUGCACGCUAUCGUUUCGCCUAUUCCGAGUUUAAAUUUGAAAAGUUAAAAACACAAUAAGGGACACUCAGGCUUGUAUUUUACAGGGAAAAAUGUAAUCCUAACAUGUUUACUUACUCGCUACAGAGCUUCAAAAUAAAGGCCUCUUAACAGCACAACUUUUAAAACUCUGAAAAAUGGCGACAGGUUACUGCAAAGGUCUUUUAUAAUAUACCAGGAGGGGACGUUUCCCAGCACUUACAGGAAGCACACAUAUAUUUCAGACAUUCCAGUGGUUGUGUGACCCUUGACCUGUGUACUACCUGAAAGCACAGACACGGUUAUUACUGACAGAGUGCACAAGGUGAACCAUGAAGAAAAAAAAGAAAUGGAGGAAGAGGUAGCACAGUGUUCGGCUGUCAGAUGGAUUCUUGGCUUGCACAAACAGAGACAGAUCAUUGAUGUAACACUCGUCCGGGAAGCUUGCCAGCUUCUUGUUUAGCCAGACCUAAAAAAACGGUAAACAACAAUAUAUUUCAGCCACCAGAGCUCAAGACUGUUUCUACAAACCCUAGAUGCUGCAGCUGUGUGUCCAUAUUGGUGUGAAGGUGUUUUUUUUAAGGAAACUCAGAGCAGAACAAUGGACACUUCACACGCAUUAUGCACAUUAGAAUGUUGCCAACUAUCAGGUAAUACGAAUAUAUUCCUCUCACAGAACCAAAUGACUUAAAAACCACCUGCAAACACACAAACAAAGCUGGACUACUGGCUGUUAAUCUUGUUUUUUUAGUCUGUGUGAGUGAGAGGUGAGACUUCUGUGAUGUGGAUUUCUUUAUCGGUACUGUGUCCUUCUCUCCUGUCUUGUUCCUUUUCAUUUGUGCUUAACGACAACCUUGCCUUGAAGAUGUUCACUUCAAAUGCCAACAACAAAUGCCAAUUAAAGUAACACUAGGAAACCUAACAAAAACACUUAGCGCAGCACUCUGUCCUUCAGUUCCUGAAACACACUCUCAAAAGAUGUCUUUCACUUUGCUUCUUUUUUUUUU